AUGUCCGGCGGGACUGCCAUGGAUACGAUGUCGUCUGCACCACACAUGAAUGAAGAUAACGCUAUACGUUAUCUCACCAGCUUCGUGAAAUCGCCGGUGAAUGAUGAGGCAGAUAUCAAGAAGAAGGAAGAAUCGAUUAUGAAGCUGGGUAAUAUGCUGGCAAAAAAUAAACGUACUCAAGAGUUGCGCAAAAUGAUCGAAAAUACUCGUCCUUUUCUAGUAUCAUUAGGAAAGGCGAAAGCGGCCAAACUUGUUCGAAAUUUGGUGGAUCUCUGUCUAAUGAUUGACAAUCAAGAUGGAGAUAUCAAGGUUGACUUGUGCAAGGAAUGCAUACAGUGGGCAACCGAACAAAAUCGAACGUUCUUGCGACAGACAUUGCAGGCUCGUCUUGUCCGUCUUUAUAACGAUCUUCGCAGAUUCACUCAAGCACAGCAGUUAGCAAAUCAAUUGGUUCGCGAACUAAAGAAAGUCGAUGACAAAGAUGUGAUUGUUGAGGUGCAACUGGAAGAAAGCAAAGCUUGCUACCAUUUAGGAAAUCUGUCAAAGGCCAGAGCUGCUCUGACAUCAGCAAGGACAACAGCAAAUUCAAUUUACAUGCCUCCUCGCAUGCAAGCUGCGCUUGAUAUGCAAUCUGGGAUUUUGCACGCUGCAAGCGAACGCGAUUUUAAAACAGCUUUUUCAUAUUUUUAUGAAGCUUUCGAAGGAUACGAUACCGUUAACGAUAAGCAAGACGCUAUACGAGCCCUUAAAUAUAUGCUUCUGAGCAAGAUAAUGCUUGAUUCGCCUGAGGAAGUGUCAACAAUUUUAUCGGCGAAGCUAGCACUAAAAUAUAGUGGAUCGGAUUUGGAUGCUAUGCGUGCAGUUGCAGAUGCUGCCAAAAAACGGUCAUUGGCUGACUUUAAUGCCGCAUUUGGAAGUUUUCGUGACGAGCUUCAGUGCGAUGCUGUUGUGAAGAAGCACUUCAAUUCUUUAAGUGAUAGUAUGCUCGAAAAAGAUUUGUGUCGUAUAAUUGAACCGUACUCCUAUGUCCAGCUUGAACACAUUGCUUCAAAAAUUGGGCUUACUAGGGAUAAAGUGGAGAAAAAAUUGUCACAAAUGAUACUGGAUAGGAAGUUCUCAGGAAGCUUACGUCAAGGGGAAGGGAUGCUGAUUGUGUAUGAUCUUGCUCCUAUGGACAAAACAUACGAAGCAGCAGUGGAAGCCAUUCAUGCUAUGAGUGAGGUCGUUGAUGCAUUAUACCAACGGGUGAAGAAAUUAAGAUGA